AUGUGGAACGACGAGGAUAACAACCCGUAUGGGGCUUUUGACCAGCAUGAGUCCCACCUCUCUGAAUCGCUGCACUCCGCCGCUCUCUCCCCUCCCUUGUACGAGCACGAUGAUACCCCGCCCUCCAGCCGUGACUCCAAUCUGGACCCGCCAGACUAUCUCACUCAUCCGGAGGAUCUCAGCGAUCCCGAGGAAGCUGACUAUGGCGCCGCCAGUCAGCAAUACCCGCGGAAGAGCGUCUAUGACAGUCGCAUCGAGCAGAUCCUUUACGAGAAUCCGGAGAUGGCGAUAUUGAUCACGGAUGCUGGGAAGAAUCACGAGGGUGGUGGUAGCUUCAUCGUCUACACGAUCCGGACUGGGGACCUCGAAGUCCGUCGCCGGUACUCGGAAUUCGCAUCGUUGCGACAGACACUCGUCAAUCUCCAUCCUACUUUGAUUGUUCCGCCAAUUCCCGAGAAGCAUAGCAUGGCGGACUACGCCGCGAAACCAACCAAGGCCAAAGAAGACACGGCCAUCAUUGAGCUGCGCAAGCGCAUGUUGAGUGUAUUUCUCAACCGGUGUCGCCGGAUGAAGGAAAUCCGCGAGGAUGGUGUUUGGUGGCGGUUCCUGGACCCCAACGUCAGCUGGAGCGAGGUCCUGCAUUCCCACCCUGCAUCGUCCAUUCCCAAGAACAACCUCAAGGCCCCGCCGCUCGAUCCCGCAAACCCGACCCAGGCCCAUGGCUGGCUUCCAGUCCCAUCCUCUUCCGCGAAACUCAAGACUGGCGGCGGGAGCGGCGGGACUAUCUCCGGAACCGCAUCAGCACCUACAUCACCCGGCGAAAACACGGAUGGCCCGGCGCCAUCGGGUCCAGGCCCCGCAGUUCUGGGACGAUUCCCGCCCGACUCGCGCAAGCUGAGCGAGCAGGAGCUGGACCCGUACUUUGUGAACUUCGAGGCUUCUACACGGGAACUGGAGCUGCUAUUGCAAGGAAACAUCGAGAAGGUCAACCGGAGGACACUUGCACAUCUUUCCUCCCUAUCCGCCGACCUCAUGGAAUUGGGAGCGCGUUACAACGGGUUCUCGCUCUCCGAACAAUCCCCAACCGUUGCCGCCGCGAUUGAGCGCAUCGGACAGGCGGCCGAUACCUCGUACAUCGAGACCGAAGAGCUGUCGAAUGCGUUGAGUGCUAGCUUUGCCGAGCCCAUGCGGGAAAGCGCGCAGUUUGCCAGUGUCGUCCGUGGGGUAUUACGCUAUCGGGUGUUGAAGCGGGUGCAGGAGGACAUGACGCGAGAUGAGCUAGCACGGAAGAAGAGCCUGCUAGACUCGCUGGAGCGCAGCGAGCUGGAGGCGCAGCGGAUUGAGCAGUAUCUCAAUCGCACGUCCCCUCAAACCGGCGGUACCAGGCCACAACGUUCAUUAUCUGCCUCGUCGGCUGUGAGCAGUGAAAGUGGGAAUGCCGCAGAGGCCUCUGCAAACUCGAAAUUCCCGCCUACCCACGGCGAAUCCGGUGGCUCCCCGUCCCCAUCUGAAACACUGAGACACAAGAAGUCCGAUCCCACGCCGUCUUCUUCGCCGGCCCACCGCAAGUCAUCCAGCGGGACAUUCGUAGUGAACAAGAUCUUCGGUCGCAUCAAUCACGCCAUCCAUGGAUUUGCAGACGUGGACCCGGAACGAACUCGUCGGGACCAGAUCGGCAAGACCAAAGAGAGUCUCAUCCAGCUGGAGCAAGCACUGGAGGUAUCCGAGAAAGAUGUCAAGGACGCCAGUGCCGGUGUGUUGCACGAUCUCCAACGCUUCCAGAAGGACAAAGAAGCCGAUCUCCGCCGCUACAUGGUCGCAUACGCCCGCUGUCAUUUGGACUGGGCACGGAAGAAUCUCGAGACGUGGACCGAGGCCAAAGACGAGGUGGAUAAGAUUGUGGCACGCUAGAGUUCAUUCGCUAGGGUUGUGGCCCUUUGGCGUUGGCGUUUAGGUCCUUGGGGGG